AUGGCUCUUGACAGUGACGCAGUGGCCGGUGCCACUAUUGAACUCCUCGAGGCGCGCCUACGCCGUCUCACGUACCUCCUCACCGGCGCCACAGACUGGACUGGCGUCCCUACCACGCCCGAAAAGCCCGCAUCCUUCGACGAGACAGUCUCUCGCAGACUCGCACGGCUAGAAUCAGAACUAGAACGACUUCGUCGAAGUGUUCCAGCUGUACGGGACGUUCUACAGCUCCAUGAUCGAAACCCAGAUCUCUUCCAAACAACACCACCCAACCAAAUCCCCGAGGGCCUCACAACUCAAACCCUAGCCUCAAUAGUCCUCUCCUAUGCCACCGCCUUCCCCGAAACCGCCUCGCGCCUUACAUCACUAAAUGACCUCCCCGUGCCGGAUGCGCAGAGCUCCGCGGCACUCAUUGAGCUACAGCCACAGCUAGAUCGGCUCGCGCGGAUGCAGAGCGAACAGGCGGCCGAGAUCUCAGAGCUGCGAGUGCGUACCGCACGUGUGCUGCAGCGCUGGUACGACGUCGGGGUUAUUGGGAGUGGGGAGUGCUGGGCUGAGUGGGAGGGAAGACUCGAGGACGUUGAGAGGGAGGUUAGGAGGGGGGAGGUUGUUAGGCAGGGGAGAGAGGGGGAGAUUUAA